AUGCCUCAAUACCAGCCUCAAGCCGACACCAUUAAGGACCCUUCCAGCAAGGCUGAGGCCAAGCAGCAGAUGGCACAGCAGCAAUACGAGGAGAGGAAAGAGCACUCGAAGAGCGGUGCAAACACGCAGACGGGGCACCAUGCAAACAUCGUCAAGGAACCUAAGCAAGACUGA